UAUUUCCCCUCGUUAUUACUUUCCCAUCUCGACGGACGGACCGACUGCCAAAAUGGCUUCUUCCCUUCGAUUCUCCUGCCCUUCUCACCUCCAUUUGGCCUCCAUUUCCUUCCUCCCUUCUCUACAUUCGCCCUGCGGCCCGGCCCCGGCCCCGGCACCGGCGGCCGCGGCUAGGAGGGGGGCCCUCCGGCGGCGAGGGGUCGCCGCUGUCCGGUGUUCCUUCUCGCCGUUCGUCCCGGUGGAGUCGGCCAGGAUUAAGGUGGUCGGGGUCGGAGGGGGCGGGAAUAACGCCGUGAAUCGCAUGAUUGGGAGCGGGUUGCAGGGGGUGGAGUUCUACGCAAUAAACACCGAUUCUCAGGCACUGUUGCAUUCACAAGCACAGAAUCCACUGCAAAUUGGAGAAGUCUUGACUCGUGGAUUAGGUACUGGUGGAAAUCCUCUUCUUGGAGAGCAAGCUGCUGAGGAAUCUAAAGAAACUAUUGCCAGUGCCCUUAAGGAUUCAGAUCUUGUCUUUAUAACGGCAGGCAUGGGUGGAGGAACUGGUUCUGGUGCUGCUCCUGUUGUUGCUCAGAUAUCAAGGGACGCAGGUUAUCUGACUGUUGGUGUUGUCACCUACCCAUUCAGUUUUGAAGGUCGCAAGCGUUCUGUACAGGCUUUGGAAGCAAUAGAGAAGUUACAAAAGAGUGUUGACACCCUCAUAGUGAUUCCUAACGAUAGAUUGUUGGAUAUUGUGGACGAACAUACACCUCUUCAGGAUGCUUUUCUCCUUGCAGAUGAUGUUUUACGUCAAGGGGUGCAAGGGAUAUCCGACAUCAUAACAAUCCCUGGACUUGUUAAUGUUGACUUUGCUGAUGUAAAAGCUGUCAUGAAGAACUCUGGAACUGCCAUGCUUGGUGUUGGUGUUUCCUCCAGCAAGAAUCGUGCACAAGAAGCAGCUGAACAAGCUACCCUAGCACCUCUGAUUGGAUCAUCGAUCGAGUCUGCUAUGGGAAUCGUGUACAAUAUAACUGGCGGAAAGGAUAUCACAUUGCAAGAAGUAAACAAAGUUUCUCAGGUUGUGACAAGCCUGGCAGACCCUUCUGCAAACAUCAUAUUUGGAGCGGUUGUUGAUGAUCGUUACAGCGGAGAGAUUCAUGUAACAAUAAUCGCCACAGGUUUCUCGCAGUCAUUUCAGAAAACUCUGUUGACAGAUCCAAGGUCAGCCAAGGUUGCAGAUAAUGAAACUAAAACUGGGGCACACCUAAUGAAGAGUACAGCCAACUCACCACCGGUAUCCUCUAGGUCUCGGAAGUUGUUUUUUUGAAUGCUCGCAUCGUAAUUAGAGUUGAUUUCGUUUUCACCCAUGCUCAUGUACACAAUUUUACUUGUAUCUCCGUUUUUCUUGCAAAAAGAGCAAUCCUCUUCUGGAACUGCAAAUCAAACAGUACUGUUGACUUCUCGUGGUUGUCAUAUGACGACUUGGAGUUUUUAGAAAUUUCAAUGAGUGAUAACUCGGUUUUUAGAAA